UCUUCUUCCUCCCACAGGAUCCAUGGAUGAAGUUCUGGCUUCGCUAAAGCGUGGCGAAGUCCUUCUGCGCAAAGUAGAGCCGCCCCCCCAGGUGCCGUCUUCCAGCUCCGGCCUCAACGACAGCAUCCUUGCCGCCAUCAGACAAGGAGUCAAGCUGAGGAAAGUAAGUCAGGAGCCCAAGACUGAUGCGGAGAAAGUUUCCAGCAACGAACUGGAACGAAGCAUCAAGGCGGCCAUCCAGAGAAUAAAGAAAGCAUCCGCCGACUCAGAAGAAGAUGAGAAUAAUGAUCACAACAGUGGUGAAUGGAAUGGAUAACGCAGCGGUUGGAGACUGUUAUCUGGACCUUCUCGGAAGUUGCUUAGCAAACCCAAGACAUUCAAGACAGACCCAGCUAGUGUCUGUGAUGGAUAAAGUGACCUAGAGUCCUUUGGAGAGGGUUGAAAACUACUGCGUUUGAAGAGAUUCAGGUUAACCUGUUUACUGAAAUGCCUUCAUUGAAUUUUGCACAUUUUUUAAGGACAGGGUUAUUCUGUUCUAGGAAAGGAAGAGCUGUACUCAGAAGUAUUAAAAUGUUUUCCUGUUC